AUGUUCAACAAAAGAUCUUUGACAACAGAAGAUGUCCAGGCCGUUGCUCCUGCAAAACGAUUCAGGUCCGAGAUGGUCGACAUAUUUUUAAACAAUGAGCUCAGUUCUGAGCGAAGCGCUCGAGUACUGCGGUCAGCACAGCAAGCCGGGGCACUGCAUGUGGAAGAUUUACAGGUCCGCCCAGAGACUCGCAACACCCAUCGGGAUCUUUUGCGAAAAUGUUUCAGAAACACGAAAUGGCCUUCGUUAUAUCAUGCAAAGGUUCGUGGCUGGAAUCAGGCGAAGAAUACGUCUGAAGAGUAUUCCUUGGCAAUUUUGCUGCCUCACGAAUCCUUGCACUCACUGCUCAAAGUGAACACGCCAGAGGCCUUGCUUCAGCAGCAAGCCGAGAUCUUGCCUGACAGGCCUGACCUGGAGAACCACUUGCAUUUUUUGGAGGGUGAGUUGGGCUUGGAUUCUGAAUCCACUCUCCUCAUGGGGAUGUGGUGCGAUGGUGUGCCUUUCAACAGCGACCGAUCCAUGACUUUGGAGACGAUUUCUUUGAACAUCUUUGGCCAGCAGAAUCUUCGCCUGCCUGUUGCGGCCUUUCCAAAAGAAUUUGUAUCCAAAUCGCAAACUUUUGAGGAUGUAUUCGAAAUCAUCCAGUGGUCCUUUAAGCAGCUGGCGACGGGGAGCAUGCCAAGCUGCCGACACGAUGGCAUGCCCUUCAAUCGAACCGAUAGUUAUCGACAACGUUUGGCAGGCAAAAAGCUUCCACUGAGAGCUGCUCUGGCUGAAUUUCGAGCUGAUUGGAGCUGUUACAAGGACAUGGACUUUUUACACGCUUGCGACCUCGGAGUAACAUCCGACUGGCUUGGGUCUUUGCUGUUUUACUUGCAGAAUGAGAAGAUCCGAGGCCUGAGCAAACUCAUCCGAUGUGCCAAGCUGUACCAAGACAUCAAGGCAUACUACGACAGAGCUGGGGUCCAAGAUCGAUUGCCGAAGCUCCUUCCCACCAUGCUUCGUGAAGAGGAUCGAGGCAAGAUCAAAUCCCCCAAGUUGAGAGCCAAAGCAGGGGAAGCUCGAGCACUCGUCGGUGCUGCCAUGGAAUUGGCUACAAAGUAUUUGUCGCCAGCAAAGCCUGCUGAACAGGCGAUGUUGCAUGGCACAGAAGCUUUGCAGUCCAUAUAUGCCUGUCUCAGCACUGCAGCUUGGGACAAGGAAGUCUUCAGAGUUUCUUCUCAGAAGUUUCUUUUACUCUGGGGCAGCCUCGAGACUUACUUCGAGGUGGACAAGCUCUUCAGGGUUAAACCUAAAGCCCAUCAGCUGUUCGAAUUGGCCAGGGGCGAGGUGAACCCUAGCAAGACCUGGACCUACAGGGAUGAGAGCUAUGGGCAUACCCUAGCAUUGCUGGGCAGACGGCGUGGUGGCAAGUUUUCGAUGAAUGCUGCAUGCACGACGGCGAACCGCACUGAUGCAAUGAUGGGUCGUAUGUACAUCUCUGAAUUUCAGUCGGCUUGCACUCGCUUGAGCUUGAGCUUCACAAUGCCACCGAUGCAGAUGGAAAUCGAUGACCCAGACGAUGAUAAGAUUGAAGCUGAAACCGGCAAUGCUCACAAUGCAGUUGUUAUUUGGUCCCAAGACUCCGGUGGUGGGGACGUGGCCGCAGUAAAAGAGGAAGCGAAGGCAGAGGCAGAGGCAGGUCCGGAAGAAAAGAUGGCUGCACUUAUCAGAAGCUUGAAACGCAAGAACUUACAGUUGGAGAAGGAAAACAAGAAGCUGAAAGACUCGCAUGAGGAGCAGUUUGCAAUCCAAAAGCUUGGCAAACAAAAAGAGGGCAAAGCAUCUCGUUACAGUCGUUCGUCUUGGUUUGCAGUUGCUCUGAGAAAGUGCAUGACAAAUGUUGCAGCAUGUGACUUUGGACUGGCGGCCAUGUCCGAUAUCUCUGGGAGCACGGUACUUCGUUCAGAAGUGCGGACUGCUGCAGGUUUGCUGCAUACUUUUCAUUCUUUCAUGGCAGAAGCUUUGGCCUUCGUGGUGUCAUGUCGUGGUAUUUCAGGGAGCGACAAUGUUUCAGAAGAGGACAGCAGUGAAGGUAGUAUUAUAGCUGCCGGAAUUCCAGAGCCUCUUGCCCGAAGCGAAGCCGAUGAAGCAGUUGCUGCCUUUGCACGUCUGUCCUCGCAAUGUGGUGCUAGUGGUGCUCGCACCCGGGAUCGGGCUCAGUGGCAUCUGAAAUCACUGGGAAUACCGUUUCCGCAUGACAUCGUUCGUUGCACGAUGGAGGGUCUGGUUUCUGCAGAAAACAGUUUCUUUAUCUAUGCAGACGUGACGGAUGCCGGCCCCGAUCAAUCCUUGCGACGGAAGCUCAUGCGGUGUGCACUAGCUGAUGUUCCACACGUCUUGUACCUGGACGGGAAUUGCUUGAUGCAUCAGUAUCAUCUCAUUGUCAAAGAGAGCUUAGUGCAUAUCGAUGCUUUUCUCCAUUCGUUACUGCGAGAACCCACGUUUGAUGCAUCCUGGUGUCGGGGUGGUGUCGGCUUCAGCAAGUACUUUGCAUCGAAUGCCAAGAUAGCACAUUAUUGGAGAGAAAGGGUGGAUGAGUUCAUCAAGAAGUAUGAAGCCAUACACGAAGGUGCCACAAUGUCCGGUGUUCAGUAUCGUCGCUAUCCGCUUCGGGUAGUGGGCGGACGAUGGGGUUCGAUCGACCAAGCUGAGCAUUUCUACUUGCAGCGAGGGAAAAAAAACUUGCAGCCAGUUCUCAUGUCGAUGCUUUCUUCGGCCAUGAAAGCCGACAAGAGUGGCAAGGUCGCUGAUGACGGCGGUCACGACGACGUGACGUGCUUACAGGACGACGACGAUGAGAAACAAUCCUAUCAAAUUCGUAUGUCCAAAUGGGCGAAAGGUGCAUUAGCUGCCAUCCAGUCCGAUCUUUACUGGGUUCUCCUUCGGGUAGCAAACCAAACAAGGGCGCCUCUCAGGCAUUUUUUUCAUUGGAUGCAGAAAUACACGGAUUGCCAGCUCUUGCUUCGAUUGGUCACGAGCAAAGCAGAAGCGAUUCGCAAAGAGUUCGAUGGGCUCCUUGCUUCUUUCGACCAGUGGUUCGCCUCAGCAGUGCAAGAAGCCGAUGCGAAGUUUUCAGAUGAACUCAUGGCUUUAGUCAAGGACUUGGCCUUGAGGUUGGUUUUGGCGGGAGCCGGAAUUGCAGCCGAGAUUCUUUCCACGGCAGAUUCCGAUUUGGAAGCGAACACCCUGAAGAUCAAACAUAUCUGCCGUGCGGAGCUUGAGUUCAUUGCUAAAGAGUCGUACUUCGACCUGAAAGCGACUCCACAAGGAAGUCUUCUGUUUGCACUGAUGAAAUCAUUGUCAAGCGUUUGGCACGGAGAUACACAGCUGAUCGAGUCAGUGAACAGCCAGAUUCGCAUGCUGGGUCAGCGGUGCCCUCGCAUGGACUUGUUGGGCAUGAGCUCUAGAAUCAUUAUCAAGAAAACCAUGUCGCAGGUGGCUGGCAAAACGUCCAAAGGCCGAGCUGUGAAGAAGUGGAGCGACGUUCGACGAGCAGCUGGUCCUUUGCUUCAGGAACUCAACCAGAGUGGUAAUGGGUACAAACUAGUGCUGCAGGACAAGACAAGAUUUGACCCACAUGCCACCAAGGGCAUCGCAUGUAAAGACCUCCACCCAGCUCUUCAGAAUGUGGAUUUGGCAAAAGCCAUUCCAGACAGUAAGACAACGGAUGCCUCAAAAUUUGCUGCCGCUCAAGCACUCAAGUGGAAACGGGUUCGUGAGACCGCAUGCAAGCAGUUUUCCCUGGCGACACAGCAAACGAUGCUGUCGGUUUUAGUUCUGCAAGGCACUUCUCGUGGAUCGCUUUUGAACAAUCGUGAGGAUGAGUCAUGGUCAGAGCUUCCGUUGGCAUCGUACCGUCGGCUGGAUACAUCGUCCGCUUACCUUCAUGUGGCCGCACUUCGUACCAGAUACUUGCUAGUCGAGUUGGUCAUGAGCCCUGACCUCAUCUCAGUUGAUUGA